AUGGUUGACGUCGUGGAAUUUGACGGUUGCGCAGUACGAUACUGGAACCACCCUUGUCCUCAAUUCACAAUGUCGCGCUCAUUAUCCCGCAAAAUCUACUCCGACGUCUUUGCCCGUUGGCCCAAGCAGGCCCUCCGACUGGAUCACCAACUCCAAGAUGUCCUCGGCAAGGCCGUAACCGAGCGAUACCAAAACUACAAGCCCUCGAUGGAGCGGGAGGAACUGCUAAAGGCGAGGGCAUUGCAAUUCCUCCUCCAAGACCGAUACAACGAUCGAUUCAAGCUCAAGGGACGAUUGCUAGAGCCAAAGAGUCAGCCUACAUACUUUGAGGAUCUGGUUAGGGAGAUUGACGAGGCGCCGAAUCGAUCGUGGAUAGAGAGGUUGGGCAAGAGGUUGAGUGGUAUGAUUCGGUUCCAGUAG